UGUUCCCAGUGGCGUGUCUGCUAGACAUUAUUGGACGGGGCGGGUCACGGCAACUUUUGGCUUUCAUCUGAAAGCGAUCUGACUUUUCCACAAAUACUCGCUUCUGUUCUGCGCGCAAAUGGCUUCUUCUGAUGUGGUUCGACAGAUGGACAAGAACGCGCGUCCGCUGGCUCUAUCAGGUCACGUCGGGUUCGACAGUCUGCCGGAUCAACUGGUCAACAAGUCCACCAGUCAGGGAUUCUGCUUCAACAUCCUCUGCAUCGGUGAAACUGGGAUCGGUAAAUCCACGCUGAUGGACACGCUCUUCAACACCAACUUUGAGAAUUUCGAGUCGUCUCAUUUUGAGCCGAAGGUGAAGUUGCGAGCGCAGACGUACGAUCUUCAGGAGAGUAACGUUCGUCUGAAGCUCACCGUGGUUAAUACUGUCGGCUUCGGCGAUCAGAUGAACAAACAGGAGAGUUACCAGCAUAUAGUGGAUUACAUCGACACACAGUUCGAGUCGUACCUGCAGGAGGAGCUGAAGAUCAAGCGCUCGCUCCAUAACUAUCACGACUCCAGGAUCCACGCGUGUCUGUACUUCAUCGCUCCGUCUGGACACUCGCUCAAAUCCCUGGACCUGGUCACUAUGAAGAAACUGGACAGCAAGGUCAACAUCAUCCCCGUCAUCGCUAAAGCCGACACCAUCUCCAAGAGCGAGCUGCACAGGUUCAAGAUCAAGAUCAUGAGCGAGCUGGUCAGCAACGGCGUGACUAUCCACCAGUUCCCCAUCGACGACGAGACCGUGGCCAAGAUCAACACCACCAUGAACGGUCAUCUUCCCUUCGCCGUCGUCGGCAGCACUGAGGAGGUGAACAUCGGGAGCAAGAUGGUGAAGGCGAGGCAGUAUCCCUGGGGCGUCGUGCAGGUGGAGAACGAGAGCCACUGUGACUUCGUGAAGCUGCGUGAGAUGCUGAUCUGCGUGAACAUGGAGGACCUGCGCGAGCAGACGCACACCAGACACUACGAGCUCUACAGACGCUGCAAGCUGGAGGAGAUGGGCUUCACAGACACAGACCCCGAGUGCAAACCCGUCAGUCUUCAGCAGACGUACGAGGAGAAGCGGCAGGAGUUUCUGGGUGAGCUGCAGAGACGAGAGGAAGAGAUGCGGCAGACGUUUGUGCAGAGAGUCAAAGAGAAGGAGUCCGAGCUGAAAGACGCCGAGCGAGAGCUGCAGGGGAAGUUCGAGCAGCUGAAGCGGCUGCAUGCGGAGGAGAAGAGCAAGCUGGAGGAGAAGCGCAGGAGUCUGGAGGAGGACAUGAGCGUCUUCAGCAAACGCAGAGCUGCCAGCGAGCUCCUGCAGGCGCAGGCCUUCAACACCAACAACAAGAAGGACAAAGACCGCAAGAACUCUGGAUUCAUGUGAAGGCAGGCACCAGCAGAACUGUUACCAUCACAGAGGCGUGUUUACUCACAGCAGUGUUAUUAAUGGACAUGGACUGAGUUCUGAUCCACCAGCGCUGACGGUACUGUAUCCGCUCUGAAGAACAGCACACCUUGAACACAGAAAUGAGCACAAUGCAGUGGUUCAUCACAGAGUAUACGUCAUGUUAAUCCUCUAUGUUUACUGGUAAGCGUGUGAUUAUUCUGAUGGAGACUUGUGUUUUUAUGGUUGAGGGCUAAAAAUAUUAAUCGGAAAGAUAUUAUAGUAAUUUACCACAAAUGUUUACCUUUUUGAAUUUAUUUUCCACAUUUUAUACUCAUGUGUUACCUGUGUUUAAACAGUGUUAUUUUGGGUGAUGUUUUAACCAAAUAAACUUGUAUUUUUCUGCAAAUUGUA